GAAGGGGGCGGGGUCUAAGGGAGCACGGUCUCCAGUGAACACGCCCACAAGGUCAAUAAAGCUGCACGCGCUGACUGCACGCGCUUACAACUUCCACUUCUUCUGUCCUCCGUGAACGCGAACGCUCUGUACAGGACCACAAUGGAAGAUUCCAGGCUCACCUCUGCGAUCCAGUGUCUAGUGGGAGUGUUCCACGAGUACGCCUGCAAGGAUGAGGAGACCAAAAAGUUGAGCAAGUCCAUGGACCAGUUCAAGCUGAGCAAGAAGGAGCUCAAGGAACUACUGCAGAAGGAGCUCAACUUUGAGAACAUUAACGACCCCGCCAAGAUGGAUGAGCUGAUGAAGGACUUGGAUGAAGACGGCGAUGGUCAGGUGAACUUCCCGGAGUUCGUGGUGUUUGUGGCUUCCAUGGCGUGUGUUUGCAACGACUUCCUGGAGACCAUCCUGAAAGAAGACUGUGGAGAGUGAAAAACAUGACCUCUGACCCCUCACAAGCCACACCCACUGAGCCCAAGAGCAGUUACUUGCAUGAUUUUGUUGUCAAUCAUCCACAUUUCACAAUCUUAAUAAAAACAUGUUUUCCA